CUCUAGGUCACCGACAGGAAACAUAAACCACUUUAACAAGUGUGAAAAGACACAGGCAGAUUUUCACACAGACUAAGAACUUGAUGACAGAGGCUAUGCCGAGGACGUAAAGUGCUGAGACUGAAGCUGAAGGUUCAUGAUGAGUUGUUUCCUGCUCUCGGUUUGGAGGUCCAGUUUGAUUCUCUGCCUGGGUCAGCUUUUGCGUUGUGGAGAGGCCAGAGUGAAAACUGAAGUACAAGCUGGGCCUCUGUAUCGUGUGUUAGGCUCUCCCCUCUCCAUCACCUGCAGUGUGAGUGGCUUCAGAAGUGAAAACACUGACAAACAUUUUGAAUUCCGUAUGACGAAGCCUUCAAACCCAGACUUUGAGAUCCAAAUCAUCAGUUCACAUGAAGAUACUUUUGGAUAUUCUUCUCACCUAUCCCGUGUGAGAAAAAAUGAAAUUACUUUGAAACGUCUCUCACCAAACUCAGUCCGCUUCGAGAUAAAAAGUCUGCAGAAAACUGAUGAAGGGGAAUAUGAAUGUACUGCAGUCAACUUAGAAGGUGCUUAUGAUGGAGAGUAUUCUGCUAAGACAGUCGUUAAAGUGAUUGAAGACUCCCUGAGUGUCUCAUCAUCUGCUUCCACGCCACUGAGCUUAAACGAGGGUGAAGCUCUGACUUUAACAUGCCUGGCCUCUAGCAGCACCAGCCAGCACACCCAUCUGUCUGUUGCCUGGUAUCUCCAUAAAGAUGGACAGGAGGACGCUCAGCCUAUCAUUUCUCUGAAUAGAGAUUUUACACUGAGCCCAGGCCAGGGGUUUGAAAGGCGUUACCAAGCAGGUCUCAUACGCUUAGAUAAAUGGGGAGAGGCCUCGUACAGCCUAAAGAUGGCUGAGGUUGAGCCAUCAGACCAAGGUAGGAUCUACUGCCAGGCUCAGGAGUGGAUCCAAGAUCCUGAUGGCUCCUGGUACAUCAUCAUACAGAAGAAUGCAGAAGAAAUGACCCUGACAGUUAAAGCCACAGAGGUGGUGGAGCCAUCGUCUCCGUCUCUGGCAGUGGAAAUCUCAGCACAGCCGGCAGCGCUGCAGGAGGGGCAGGAGCUGAUGCUGUCCUGUAAUAUAAACACACAGGACGUGGAGAAAAGAUUCUUCUCUGUAGCAUGGCUCAAGGGAAGUGUGGAGCUGGCCCGCAUUGGUCCCACAGGCGUUCUCACUGUGGCACCGGAGUACAGUGUUCGACAGAAAAAUGGAGAGCUCAGAGCCGCCCGGAGUGGGAACAGAGAUUACCGUCUCAUCUUAAAGCCUGUGAGAACUGAGGAUCAGGGAGAGUAUAUCUGUACAGUCUGGCCUCAAGAGAGAGGCCAAGAUGAUACUUUUAUUGAGGGAGAACCCAAAGACUCCAGCCCACAGCGGGUCAGCGUCUCAGCCACAGAAAACAGGCUGACAGUCAAAAUGCAGCAGGCUGUAAAUGUGGCCGAAGGGGGCGGGCUGCAUCUCUCCUGUAAAGUGGAUGGGGUUCAAGGUCAGCUCUCUGUCACCUGGCAACACAAACCAACACCAACGGCCCCGUUCACUGAGAUCAUCAGCAUGAGUCAGGAGGGUGUUACAGAGAUAGCAGAGGAGUUCGUUAGUCGCAAAGUGAAGGUGAUGCGUCCAUCUACUGACAACUUCACCUUAGCGCUUGAUGAGGUCACACUGUCUGAUUCAGGAGUGUACCAGUGUGCUGUGUCUGAGCGCAAACCUAACAGCAAGACUCACAACCAGGCACAAACUACCACUGUGACAGUGACUUCUAUAGAAAACAGGCUGACAGUCAAAAUGCAGCAGGCUGUAAAUGUGGCCGAAGGGGGCGGGCUGCAUCUCUUCUGUAAAGUGGAUGGGGUUCAAGGUCAGCUCUCUGUCACCUGGCAACACAAAUCAACAUCAACGGCCCCGUUCACUGAGAUCAUCAGUAUAAAUGAGGAGGGUGUUACAGAGAUAGCAGAGGAGUUUGUGAGUCGCAAAGUGAGGGUGAUGCGUCCAUCUACUGACAACUUCACCCUAGUGCUUGAUGAGGUCACACUGUCUGAUUCAGGAGUGUACCGGUGUGCUGUGUCUGAGCGCAUAACUAAUGGCAAGACUCACACCCAGACACAAACUACCACUGUGACAGUGAUUUCUAUAGACACGCUGAUGGGAGUGUCUCUAAUCAGUCGCAAGACUCGGGUGAUUGUUGGAGAAAAAUUGGAGUUGAUGUGCCGGGUCAAAGGUCCACACAUGCCGGUAACAGUGACUUGGAGCGUGCAACGUGAGGCUAAAACACCAGACACCAUCCUGACACUUUCCCCUGAUGGCACCAUCAGUUGGUCUGCAGAUCAGAACCACUACCAGCUACGAGUAGAAAGCAGAAAAACUGAAGUCAUGUACUAUCUGCUGGUCAUUGGUACCAGCCACAGAGAAGGAGGAAGCUACCAGUGUAAUGUGUCUGUCUUACUGAAGAAUGUGCACAAGGAGUUGAAAGCAUCCAAUCAGCUUUCUGUGAUAGUAAUCAACCCAGUAAGCAGGCUUGAUGUGUCACCUAUUCCUGCGUUGACAACAAACAUGAACACUGACAUAACAAUAACAUGCUCCAUCAUCACAAAAACGUCUGAAUCAUCACUCUAUUCGAUCACCUGGCUGCAUGAGGAAAAUGCCGGAAAUAAGACCAUUGUAAGCUUGGACCGGAAUUCCAUAGUAACGGAAUCCCAGGUGGACCUGCGUCAGCGAAUCAGCAUGAGGCGCAGCAAAGGACCCACUUUUGAACUGAUUAUUUGGCAAGCUCGAAUCUCAGAUAAAGGUUUAUAUACAUGCAAAGUGGGCGAGUGGCUUCAAGAUCCUCGUGGUGAAUGGUAUCUGCUCUCAACAGUGUCCAAAAGCACAGUGCUAACAAUUACUGAGCCUGCCCCCAACCUUCGUUUAGAUAAGAAAGAGCAGCAGCUGACUGCCAAAGAAGGAGAUGAAGUCAAGCUCAACUGUAGCAUCACCUCAGGAGCUUCUGGUUCUUUGGUUUUCUAUCGAGUCAUUUGGCAUUAUGCUGCACACAGUUCUUCUUUGAAGAAAGCCUCCCUGGUGGAGCUUGAUCACACCGGCCUGGUGAGUUACCCAGAGAACAAAGACAUCAGAGGCCUGCAGGAGCGGCUACGCCUGUCCAGACCCACUCAGAAAAGCUUUUACCUAAGUAUUCAGAAAGCCCAUGAAGAGGAUAGUGGAACCUACUGGUGCCAAGUGGAUCAAUACCAGCUGGAUAAUGAAGCUCACUGGCAGCUGAAGGCCUCAGACAGUGGUGGUGUCCCCUGUAACAUCAACAAACAAUCCAGCCAUGAAUCCAAGUUCCAGGUCACAUGGUUUUGGCAGAAAGAAAUAGAAACGAAACAGCGCCCCAUAUUCACAGUCUACAGAAACUCGACUCUACAGGACAGGUUUGGGGAGAAUGUUCGCCUGAGAUACGACCACCCUGACCCCAGCCAAUUCAGCCUCACGUUCUUGAAUCCUGGUCCUGAUAAUAGUGGCCUGUAUUUCUGUGAGGUAGAGGAGUGGCUGCCUUCUCUGUCUCGUGGGUGGAGAAAAGUUGCAGUGGAAAAGUCAGGGCAUUUCAAUGUCAGUGUUCUCACAGAAGGUGAUGCUAAUGCUAAUGCCGUAUCUGAAUGCAACACAACAACCUAUACAAUCGUUAUUGCAGUUCUCAUCAUUAUGGUGGUGGUUAUGUUAUUACUGAUGUUCAAGGUGUGCAGAAGUAAAAGCUCACAAGGAAAAAACUCAUCUUCAUCUCUCUGGGCUGAAUCAGUACCUAUGAACAAGAAACCCAGUGGAGACGAUUGAACAGCAAAGACAUUUUUUUUGGCGUAUUUUAGAUAUGAUGCAAAAAUAUGUAAAAUUUUCCAUUUAAAUAAUUGUGUCCAUUCAUUUGUUUAUAACAUUCCAUGAAGUAGCUCUGCUGAUUUACUUUUAGUACAGGUAGGAAGAUUUUUUUUCUUUAGGAGUUAAUGAAAUUACAUUUAGAAAGGCAAUUCUCAUUUUAUAAAUACUUCUGCUCAUUUUUAAGGCCCGAAUGCACAAGCAGCUGAACUGUGGUGAGUCUGUGGCUUCACAUCUGCGAAGACGUUGCAAUGUAGCACGUUUUCAUGCAGUUAUAAGCAUAAAUUGUGGUGAAUGUCUAACUAGUUCAGCAAUUACUCAACCGGGAAGUGCUGUGGUAAUGCUCAGAAUGACUGUGUGGUCUUGAAAUCCUGCUGAGUUGUCCAUGUGGCAGACAUUUAAAUGUUAGAUACUGAUUGCCACAAUGUUCUUAAGAAUUUUCACAAGAUACUUACUAAUGCAAACUUUUCCCUUUUUUGCUAUCGUUACAAAAUUGUUUUUCUAAAGCUUACGAAAUUGUUUGGUGAUGACAGUAUUUCUCAUUUGCAUCUGAGCCAUGAUGCACAGUGUUAUAUAUAUGUGUGUGUGUGUGUGUGUCUCGUUUUUUUUGUUUGUCACAUGCAAUCUAGUAUUACAUUUUUUUCCAUUGCUGUGGCUUGAAACAAUAAUUCUGAUUUAAAUUUUUAACUGAAGAUAAAAGCCAUCUAAAGAAUAGACCUUGACAGUUCAUCAUUAGAUAAGAUACUGAAUAUCAAUGGAUUGUAAAAAUGAACUGCACACAUAUGGUGGACAUAGGUAUUGGUCAGCCAUUUAAAGCAUUUUAAUUCAUGGUUAUUCAUCUUGCCUUUGUCCCACUGGCUGUUAAGUUGAGUGUUACUUUUUUAUGGAUUGUAUUCCUCUAUGAAUUUUAUUUUUUCAAAAGUUAUAGGCUUGGGCAGGUCUACUGCCCCUGAAGGACUGCUUUUAUGUUGAUGUGAGUGCUUUCAAAGUGAAAAAUAAAGUCAGCACUUUGACGUGUCAAUGUGUCAAAAUAA